UGUUUAGCAAAAAAUAGUAAUAAUCCAAAAAUAAUAAUAAAAUAUACUUUUGCUGAUUAAUAACAAUAAUAAUAAUAAUAAUAAUAAUAAUAAAAAUCGCUGUAAGGUUAAAUAAAAUGUUAUUCUGGCAUGGCCUGGGCGAUGACGAAACGUGAUCCACAACUUUCAUUUUGGCACACGGCGGUCUGUGAUUGGCGCAUCAGAAUCCUUCCUUGAUAGGGAUUGGCUGUUUGCACACGGAGGCGGGACUUGAGCAAUCAGCCGCAGCACACACAGAAUGAGCUAGAAGAGCGAGCGCCGGAGAUGUUUAAUGCAGCGAUAUCAUAACUGCUCCUAAAAACGCACAUCAAAGACGUGUUUCUGGCGAAAGGAUUUGGAAGCUGCUCACCGCCCGAACGCAGUCUUGUAAAGUCGGGAUGUGCUGGUCGUGGCCGCUCGUGUCUGCGCUGGUUCUCUGCUCUCUCCUGUCUGUGGGGACGGUGAGGACGGCGCCCUGUCAGACCUGCCGCAAACUCACAGACAGCUUCAUCAAGGGUUUGGAGCGAACAGCCAAUAAGAAUUUCGGAGGAGGGAACACGGCUUGGGAAGAGGAGAAACUGGCAAAAUACGCACGCAGUGAAACACGUCUGUUAGAGAUCGUAGAGGCUGCGUGUGAGAAGUCUGACUUUGACUGUAACAGACUGCUGGAGCAGAUAGAGGACCAGGUGGAGACGUGGUGGUUUCACAGACAGCAGGAAGCUCCAGACCUGUUCCAAUGGCUGUGCAUUGAGGAGCUCAGACUGUGCUGCCCACCUGGACACUACGGGCCUGAAUGCACAGAGUGUCCGUCAGGUCCUGGAGGAGUGUGUGGAGGUCUGGGCCGCUGUGAGGGCGAGGGCACGCGUCUGGGAGACGGAGACUGUGUUUGUGACCCGGGAUACUCGGGCGUCCUGUGUCAGGACUGUGCAGAUGGAUACUACAGAGAAAAGAGCUCCAAUCACACACAGCCACCCUGCUCAGCUUGCCAUCAUUCCUGUAAAAAGUGCACAGGACCACAAGACAACAAGUGUCUGGACUGUAAGCCUGGAUGGAUCCUUCACAGCAGCAAGUGUGUCGAUGUGGAUGAAUGCGGCACUGAAUUGGCUCGCUGUCCAUCCAACACGUACUGCUUCAACACAGACGGCUCUUAUGAGUGCAGAGGCUGUGAUCAGGCCUGUGUGGGCUGUAUGGGAAGCGGACCUGCUCGCUGUAAGAAAUGUGCUCGAGGGUUCAGACUCACUGGAGCGAAGUGUCUAGACAUCGAUGAGUGUUCGGAGAAAGCCAUCGCAUGCCCUGGACUCAAUGAAGCUUGCGUUAAUGAGGAGGGAUCGUUCCGCUGCGAGUGUGCCGAGGGCUUCAUUCGACGGGACAGCAUUUGUGUGGAGAAUCUGCCACCGGCGGGGCCAGAGAAGGGCUUGUUUGAUGACAUGACGGAUGACGAGGUGCUCGUUCUCCAGCAGAUGUUCUUCGGCGUGGUGAUCUGCGCUCUCGCUACUCUAGCCGCCAAAGGAGACAUGGUCUUCACGGCCAUCUUCAUCGGAGGAGUGGCUGCCAUGGCAGGAUACUGGCUGUCAGAGAAGGGCGACCGCGUGCUGGACGGCUUUCUUAAAGGACGCUGAUGGACUCCGACAGGGUGACGCCACAGAAACGUGAAGCUCUGGGUUUGGUGAGCGCCGCAGCUCUGGGAAUGCAUGUCAGUCAGGGACGUUUAGCACCGGACUGGAAUGGCAAUAGCAGUGCUGCUGAUUAAAGCUCUGUGGAUGAUGAAGCUAGUUUAUAACACUGUGUUUCAACAGUUCAACUGCUGCUGUAUUUAUGAGACUCCGCACGGUUAGUAAUGGAUAUGUUUGGCCAAACCCCAAGAGACGUACUGUAUGCAACCCAUUCAGGUAGAGGUACUGUACAUACCGGCAUUCACACUACAUUAUUGUCAUUUACACCCAUUUAUACAUGGAUACUGUGUUCCUUUUUAAAAUCCGUCCCAAUGCAUAAAACUAUUUAUUUGAAAGAUUUCUGAAGUGACAAAGCUUGACAAUUUUUUUGGCACAAAGGACGCUCCAGAAGUCUUGUUUGAAAUGCUCCCAAAUGCAUGAAUGCAGCACUGUCACAGAAGAUGUCCAGUGUGUUCACUCUCAAACCAGGACCAUGUGAUUGUGUGUGUGUGUGUGUGAGAGAGAGAGAUAGUGUCUUCAACAUCAAAGGCAAAACGAUUUCAACAGGGUUCCCACUCUUUUUGUUCCAUUAACACUGGAUAAGUUUUUUUUUUUUAAUUUUUUUUAUAUUGGUGUCUUUGAAAUAGACCAGUUCAUGAGCUCGUUCAGCAGAUUUAUUGAACCAUCACAAAUAAGGCAUCACUGUGGCUUUCAAGUUUUAAUGUCCUUGCACAUUGAGUCUGAAAUUUCUGCAUGCGUUUUUUCAUUUUCGUAUUCACCAUCCUUUCCUAUCAAAAUGCAUGCUACAGAUGCGAAAACGCAGAAAACUUAAACCUGGUCCGAAUUUUUUUAUGACGGACGAAAGUUUCGGAGGCAGUGUGUAAACGUGAUUGACACAAUGUGAGGUCGUAUUUAUUUUUUAACGUGCAAAAAUUUCAGACUCAAUGGCCUUUACUCUUCACAACACAAUAUCUACCGAGCACAACUAGAGAACGUGUAGGCCUAGUCAUUGAGAUUUUACUCACUUUAUUUUUAAAUAUCACGACCAGGAAAACACUGAAACCACCAUUUUAAAGCUAGCUGAUUUUCUCUGGCUGUGGGAACCCUGUUUUAAAUAUGCAAUUGGUAGAAUACAGUAAUGAAUGUGAUUUUACUGUUUAGCUGAGUGUACUGUACCUGCAGAUUCAGCACAUGUGGCCUUCCAGUCAUUUCUUUGACAGAUGUUUUUAGUUUCAGCACAGGCGGCUUUAGUGCAUUGAUCAUAUCCUAUCUGCAUGCUUUAACUUCUGCUUUAAAUGAAAAUGCAGAAAUAUUUCAUCACAGAUUCUAUUUGUCUUGUUUGUCAUAUUUAUUUUUUGUCCAGUGUGAAUAUGCCCUAUAAUGAUAGACAGUGGAGAUGUGGGCAUGACUUCUGCCAGCCUUAAUGUGAAUUAUGUUUUGAGUUGUUUUAUCACCUGUUGUUAGGGUGGAACACCUAUUGAUUUAAUUAAAAACCUAUUUAAUUGACUUUGCUUUACUCAUAUAUAACUAGUGACACAGAACUCUACAAUAGAAAACGUUUGAAACUACUUGAACUCUUUUACAGGCACACUAUUUAGCAUUAUGAACUCCACACAAAUUUUUGUCUCAC